AUGAAUGAGGACAACGCCCGCUUCUGCCUGCUGGCCGGCCUCAUCCUGCUCUACCUGCUGUGCGGCGCCGCCGUCUUCUCUGCGCUGGAGCGACCGUACGAGCUGCGGGCGCGCCGCCGCUGGACGCAGCGGCUGGACGAGUUCACGCAGGCACACGGCGUGGAGGUGGCCGCGCUGCAGGGGCUGCUGCGGGACUACGAGGAGGCCAACGGGGCGGGCAUCCGCGUGGACGCCCUGCGGCCCCGCUGGGACUUCUCCGGGGCCUUCUACUUCGUGGGCACGGUGGUGUCCACCAUCGGUUUCGGGAUGAACACCCCGGCCACCAUCUCCGGGAAGAUCUUCCUCAUCUUCUACGGUCUGAUCGGCUGCGCGGCCACCAUCCUCUUCUUCAACCUGUUCCUGGAGCGCAUCAUCACCAUGCUGGCCUACAUCAUGCGCUGGUUCCACGAGCGGCAGCUGCGGCACUCGGGUGCGGGGGCCCUGGGGGAGGGGGGGCGGGCCCCCCGCCGGGAGGACGACAGCCUGGAGGGCUGGAAGCCGUCGGUGUACUACGUGAUGCUGAUCCUGGGCGUGGCCUCGGUCAUCAUCGCCUGCAGCGCCUCCACGCUGUACUGCGCCAUGGAGGACUGGAGCUACGUGGACUCGCUCUACUUCUGCUUCGUGGCCUUCAGCACCAUCGGCUUCGGGGACCUGGUGAGCAGCCAGCGGCAGCAGUACGAGGGCCAGGGCGCCUACCGCCUGGGCAACUGCCUCUUCAUCCUCAUGGGCGUGUGCUGCAUCUACUCCCUGUUCAACGUCAUCUCCAUCGUCAUCAAGCAGACGCUCAACUGGAUCCUGGCCAAGCUGGCGUGCGGCGGCUCGCGGCCCGGCUGCCGCUCGCUGCGCUGCCCCUGCUGGUCGCGGAAGCACGGCGCCCGCCGCCUGGCGCCGGCGGCCGGGCGCGGCCGCCGGCGCUUCAAGGGGAACAGCGUGCAGCCACUGCAGAGCCGGGCGGGGCCGCAGCGCUUCGCCGGCGGCUCGCUGGACACGGCCGGCGACAGCGAGACGGACUGCGGGCCGGGCGGCGAGGGCGGGGCCUACCCCGGGCGCCGCCUCUCCGGGGAGAUGAUCUCGGUGAACGAGUUCAACAAGGUGUCGCUGGCGCUGCUGCAGAAGCAGCUGAGUGACUCCGCCCACCACCACCAGGGCCACGCCCCCCCCAGCCACGCCCACCUCAACGGCUUCUCCGGCGGCGUUGGCGCCUUGGCCAUCAUGAACAACCGUCUGCAGGAGACCAGCUGCGACCGGUAGGGCCAUCCCCUGACCCCAACGCUAACCCUCACCUGACCGCAGCCCUAACCCCACCCCUAACCCUAACCCCACCCCUAACCCUAACCCCACCUCUAGCCUAACCCUAACCCCAACGCUAACCCUCACCUAACCCUAACCCUCAACUAACCCAAACCUAACGCUAACCCCACCCCUAACCCUUACUCUAACCUAACCUAACCCUUCCCCUACCCUAACAUGGCCGCCACGGCGACGGCGGCCUGCUCCCCUUUCCCUGCUCAUGAAUGACUCGUUGAGGAGGUUUGAGUGGCAUGGUCAUUAGUCCGUCAUGAGACUUCUGAGGACUACGCUCAGAGACAGACCGGAAGGCGCAGUGACCGGGACCGUACCUACGCCAGCCAGCAUACCACAGAACUAUAAUCUGUUCCUUUACUCAGUUACCCGUGAUGAAAGACAAACUGCCCGAAGCAGAAUCAUCUCAUCUGAACUCGUUGCCGUGCUCAAGGACUCUGGGUUCUGGGGUUGCAGUGCGGUCUGUACAGACCAGACUCUCCAACGGCUCUGCAAAAAACACUCGAGGAGGUAAGAAGCCGGCCAAGCAUGCCAUUAGAGAGUGUUGUGGCGGAGAUACUCUCAAGUGAUUGGCUCGUACGGACAAUCAGCGGAGGCGUCGCUGAAGCAUCUUCUCGGCAGACGGCUGAUUGGAGGGCUGGCGAGGUCGCCUCUCGCCGUCUUCAUGCUAAUAGCGAUAGCGAUAUGGCGCUGCGCUCGCCGCUUGUUCAAGUCGUUGCCUUUCUCCGAACGCGUCUGCGGAAUGCUAAUGCUGUAGCCUCUGAAGCUAGCCCUGCUGAAUCACUGCUACUGACUGUCUAAUACGACGAUGUAUUAUUAGGUUGUUUAGUUCUGCCUUUACCUUUUAUCCGAGGGACUUAGAGCGAGUUUGUUUAGAUACAGAGUCCUCUUGCUCUUGGGUGUCUACAGAUAGACUCUGGACAUUGGGGAAAUCUAACCCUAACCUAUAUAGACGACCCUGAUGUCAGGGUAGUAGGCUAGGAGGCUCCAACGAGGGAUUCAAUUGUAUUUUGAAAUGAAGCAUCUUUCUGUUGCUUGAAUCGAGGGGUCAUCGAAGGCCAAGUCGUCUCCAAGCAAGUUUAAAACAAGACAAGUAACCGAUUACCUAUUAUUAUAUAGUUGAGUCUUUUGGCACUAGGAAAAUGCAGUUUAUAAUUCCUAUAAUUACCUGUUCAAAUAAAUCUUUCUUUUCAAGUCCUA